AUGUCAAGACUUCAGGUGGAUCUACUGCAGGCCUUGAGCACAUGGUCGAUCGAAUCAUAUGGGGAAGCUCUAAGUAAAGCUUUGACGACGGAGAUGAACCUUUUGCAAGUGAACCAGAUUAGGUCUGGAGAAACAAAAGGGGACUCGGAGCAGAAAUCGGGAAAUAAAAAUCCCCAGGGCAGCAAGCAAUGCUUCAAGUGCAAAAAGAGCCAUCCAGGGAGGAAAUGCUUAGCAGGAACUUCUAUCUGUUAUUCCUGCGGAAAGCAAGGGCACAUAAGUAGGGAUUGCCGCAAGAGAAAGGAAACACCUCCAAUUAAAGACCUGUCGAAAGUGGUGUGUUUCCAGUGCAAUCAACCAGGGCACUAUUCAAGUAAUUGCUCGAAAAGGCCAAGACUCGGACAAGCGGAUGGGCUAACUGAAAAGGCAGGAGAGGCUCGUGGGACUCAUCAAGGACGUGUCUACAACCUCACCAAGGAAGAUGUGGGGACAAAUCCUGCAGUCGUGCAAGGUACGCUCUUCAUAUCGGAUACCCAUGUUCAUGCAUUGAUAGACCCUGGGUCAACACAUUCAUUUAUGUCCUAUGCUUUAGCUACAAUUUUAGGGGUAGAGACUAAACUUAUGGAGUCUCCGAUAAUAAUUUUGAUGCCCAUGGGUAAAAGUACAAGGUCCUCAAGGGUGAUAGAAGAAUGCAAAAUUAGUUUAAGUGAUGCUCAAUUUCAAGUUGAUAUAAUUUUGCUAGAAGUGUAUGACUUCGACAUAAUCUUAGGAAUGGAUUUCUUGUCCAAAUACGAUGCCAGUAUAGAUUGUCGAAGAAAGGUAAUGACCAUAAAGAAACCCAAAGGGGAAUUGGUCAAAUUUCGAGGACAGGGUGACCCUAGGAAUAGAAAAAUGAAUUUGACCAGGAAGGCAGAAAAGUUGAUAAGCCAGGGAUCUCAUGGAUGUAUAGCCUAUGCUCGUUUGAAAGAGAAAGAGGUACCAAAGCUCAAGGAGGUGCGGAUAGUACGAGAUUAUGAAGAUGUAUUUCCAAAAGAUCUACCAGGAUUGCCGCCACCUCGAGAGAUCGAGUUCUCAGUCGAGCUCAUACCAGGAACUAACCCGGUGAGCCAAGUAGCCGGAAGGGCAAGGAUGUGA